AUGGCCGCCGUCGACAUCCUUCCCUUUCCUGCCUUCGCGCGCUCUAUCCCUGCUGCAGAUCGUGCUUCGCUCUCAGGACUCUCGGAUGCUGCCAUUCGCAAGUCGGUUGUCGUCAAGGCGGAGGAGUACCGCGAGAUCGCACUGUCUCUACUAUUUCUCCACAACUCAAUCGCACCGAUUCAUCGCGCUUUGCCUACGGAACUCCUCUCUGAGGUUCUUUCACACUGCUGGCACGACAUGCGCAGUGUGCACCUCAUGCACGUCUGUCGUCUCUGGCGCGCGGUAGCCCUCAAAACACCGCAACUGUGGGCAGAAGCCGUCGCAGCUCCGGGUACCCAGCUCACAUUCAACAAGGCCAGGAUCGAGGCGCAGUGUCAAGACCUGGAGGACAACCGCAUCUCGUUUGCGACUACCGCGAUAGAGUUGUCGUCUCCAGCACCACUGCGCCUCAAGAUUCAUUUUCUCCCCGAUGCCCUAUCCCAGACGCUCUCGUCGCACACCUCCCGACUCGCCGAUUUGUUCGUUCGCAUCCAAAGCGCCGCGCAGUUGAAGUCUCUGUGUGCACUUCUUGCCAACGGCGUACCCAACCUCAACGUCCUCGGCAUUGCGUUUCCCGGAUAUACAGGGAUGUACCGAGAGUGGUUGGCGCCGGGAGCCAGACGCCACUACAACGACAUCGACGAGCAAGACAACCAAAGGAACCUUUCCAAGGAGCUCACGAAAUGGAACUCGGGUGCUCAAGGCCUGAUCGCAGACACUCCUCGUCUCCAGACGCUUCGAUGCGUUCCGAUCGAUCUCGUGUCUCACUUUGCUUGCCCCAGCGUACGCGACAUGUGUAUCACUCCCGCGGUAUUCAACACGGAUCACUUGGAGGACUUCGUUCACGCGUUGAAGAACACUCCGGACCUCACGCGCCUCGAUCUGUGCAUGGAGAACAGGAACAGUGCCCGGCUGAGACCGGACGAUGACGCACCCGGGUGGGCGGUCAAUCCCGUCGACCUUCCAGCGCUGCGGACGUUGGUCGUCAACCUCAACUGCAACCUAUACACGGCACAGUACAUGGAUCUCAUCUCCAUUUCGUCCUCCGUCAGAGUCAACCUCAUAGAAGGCGAUCUCGGCCUUUCGCACCUCUGCCAAGACCUCCCUUCUCGACACACUCCGUUCAUCCAAUCUCGAGUACAGUCCGCAAGCACCGUCCACAUCUGGGACUCUUACGACCAGUGGGAGAUUCCCACCGCCAUCGUCUCAACGUCGAAGGACGACGAGGAGCUCAUCCGCUUCACCAUCUCCGCGGACGUGCAUGACUCGCCGUAUCUGACCUCGUUCGACCUCAUCCAGACCUUCCGCGACACCGGCGCGGCCGUCACUCGCCUCGUCCUCCACCAAAACUGGUCGAUCCAGACCCCGAACGGGCAGCCCGACUUCUUCCGCGCGUUCCCGCACCUCACCUCGCUCGACCUCGCCGGCCCCCGCGCGCACCGCGUCAUCAAGGCGCUCCAGCACCUGGACAUCGACGGGGCCCCCGACGCGCUCGUGUGCCCGCGGCUGAAGACGCUCAAGAUCGUGUUCGCGCUAAACCGCGGGGACUACAAGUCGGCGUCGCGCAAGGCGUGGGAGGCGCUGCGGGUGCGGGUGCGGCCCUCGGGGUGGAGGGAAACGGUGUUCCGCGGGAUCCCGGCGCGGGUCGCGGCGCUGGUGAAGCCGCUGGAGCACCGCGCGAAGCGAGGGCUCCGGUUGGAGCGGCUGGAGUGGGAGGACCGGGAGUGGGACCCGACGUUGAGGCUGGAGUUCCCGCCGUCGGUGGUGGUGGGGACGUACGUUCCGGGCCCUGGGCUGUUUGAUCAGGAGGAGCUCGAGAAGCUGGUGGACGGGCCGGUCGUCUUUGGGGGGUUCACGUACCAGGAGAUUGCUGAGUAG